AGUUCAAGCGCUUGUGGCUCAGGCCACAAGUCUCAGGUUGCUGAGACCAAGAACUCGGAUCACCGCAUCCAGAGCUCUACGUCUCCUAUAGCAGACUCCGUGGUCCGGAGGCUCGCUGCCUCGGGCAGGCGCCAUGACCUCGCGCGCUCUGUUCGGCAACCCCGACUCGGAGAUCGACCAUGAGUUCGGGGAGCGGCUGAUGAAGAAGGACCCGAAGACGGCCGUGAACCAGUUCUGCCAGCGCUUCUGCAACCGGCCCAUCAACAAGGAGGACGUCAUCUACACCGUGUCGAAGUACCCCCAGGGCUACCAGGCCACGGUGAAGCUCAACUGCAUCGAGGGGCAGGAGUUUGCCGGCGCGGUGGCCAACAGCCAGAAGGAGGCGGAGGCGCAGGCCUCGCAGCAGAUCCUCGACUUCUACGCCGAGCAGAUCAACAACAUGAGGAAGCCGCCGAAGAAGAAAAAGAAGCGGCCGGCCACCCAGCCUCCGGGCACACCGCCUCCGCCGCCGCCCAAGCCUGGGGACCCGCAGCCAGAGCUGGACCCGUCCAUCUCGGCGAAGGGCAACCUGAACGCGCACGUCGGGAAGAUCCUCCGGCGCGUGCUGGAGAAGGACGAGGUGCUGUACGAGACGCAGCAGGUGGUCGGCGGCUACCAGUCCACGGUCCGUAUGCCAGGGCUGCCAGACGACUGGGGGCUGCAGAUCUUUGCUGGGGAGGUGUGCCACAAGAGGCAGGACGCGGAGCAGAGCGUUGCCCAGCUCGCCCUCGACGCCAUCCGUGCCGACGAGGGCCUCAUGGCCAAAUACAAUCUGCCGGCCAAGGUGAAGAACUGGAUACCGAUUGGCACCGGGCGCGCCAUGGGGAAGGGCCACCAGGGGCCAGGGAACAUUUUCGGCGGCAAGGCGUACUGGAGACCACCUGCCUGAGGAGAUGUCGUAUGAAAACUCGAUGGGA